CGACUCUAUCCGUAAAUACCAUGCGCUCACAACCGACGUGUCGCCUCUACUAGAUUGACUAGCGAUUACCGUAAUGUUCAACUUCACGCCUCUGCUAGGCGCACAGUCAUCGUCACCCGCGUCUCAGUCGCUCUUAGAGUUCGAUGGAGGGAUCCAAGUACUCAUAGAUGUCGGUUGGGACGAGAGCUUUGAUGUUGAGAAGCUAAAAGAGAUUGAGAGACAUGUCCCAACGCUCUCAUUCAUCCUACUCACUCAUGCCACAACGGCGCAUCUCGGCGCUUACGUGCAUUGCUGCAAGAACUUCCCUUUGUUCUCUCGAAUACCCGUCUACGCGACAAACCCGGUGAUAUCGCUCGGCCGGACCCUAUUGCAAGAUUUAUACGCGUCUACACCUCUUGCAUCCUCCAUAAUACCUACGGAAGCUCUCAAUGAGUCCGCAUACUCGUUUCCCUCUACGCUGAAGGGCGGCAACAACCCUAGCAUACUGCUACAAGCGCCGACUCCAGAGGAAAUCGCCGACUAUUUUGCCCGCAUAAAUCCUCUCAGAUACUCGCAACCACAUCAGCCUAUCCCAUCGCCCCAUUCCCCCCCGCUUAAUGGCCUUACGAUCACGGCAUACAGCGCUGGACACACAUUAGGAGGUUCGAUAUGGCAUAUUCAGCAUGGCAUGGAGUCAGUGGUAUAUGCUGUCGAUUGGAAUCAAGCUAGAGAACAUGUGCUUUCAGGAGCUGCCUGGCUUGGUGGGCCUGGUACUGGCGGCUCCGAGGUCCUGGAGCAGCUGCGUCGCCCUACAGCUUUGAUUUGCAGCAGUAAAGGCACGGGCUUGGUCAAAGUUGCUAGGUCACCCAACAAACGAGAUGAAGCUCUCCUCGCGAUUGUUCGAGAAACAGUAGCCAACGGUGGAUCUGUCUUGAUUCCGACCGAUUCUAGUGCUCGCAUCUUAGAAUUAGCAUAUCUCCUGGAAGAGACAUGGCAACGUGAGACUUCAAAAGCGGAUAGCAACAGCCCCUUGAAGAGCGCAAAGAUCUACCUUGCUAGCCGAACUGGAGGGGCUACGAUGCGAUAUGUACGAAGCAUGCUUGAGUGGAUGGAGGAGGGUAUUGUGAAGAAGUUCGAAGCCGCAAGCGGCGCAGCAGAUCCGGAUCGAAGAAACCGAAAUGGAAAAGACGACGACAAAGGCCCUAGAGUACCCUUCGACUUCAAGCACAUCACACUACUUGAACGCAAAACACGCGUAGCUCGCAUGCUUAGCGCUACCGGGCCGCGCGUGAUAUUAGCAAGUGACGCGACUCUCGAAUGGGGUUUUUCAAAGGAUGCUAUCAAGAGUUUGGCAGCAGAUGAGAAGAAUCUGAUCAUCCUCACCGAAAGAGUUGGCGAGCUCGGUGCGCACGGAAAGGGCCUUGGAAGAUAUCUUUGGGACCUAUGGAACGAGCGCAUCACGUCUCCUGUGGAUGCACCUUCUGCUGCUAUAGUAGACGCUUCUGGUGAUCAAGCCCCUCUACGCAGUAUACGAGCAGUGGCCCUCGAGGGCGAUGAGGUUCCACUAUACCAGCAAUUCCUCGCUAGCCAACGACAGCGACAAACUACUAUUGGUGGAGAUGCGGCUGCAAUGCUGGAGACCUCUGCGGACAUAGUCGACGAUCGAUCGUCCACAGAAUCCGAAAGUUCAGAAGGCUCAGGCGAUGGAUAUCGAGGAAAAGCCCUGAAUGCAACUGUCGCCCUACAACAUGCACGGAAUAAGCUUGGUAUGACAGACGCAGAACUGGGUGUGAACGUGCUCAUUCGUCGCAAAAACGUGUACGAUUAUGAGGUCCAAGGGAAGAAGGGUAAAGAGAAGGUCUUCCCCUUCCAAUUCAAGAAAAGGCGAGCAGAUGAUUUUGGAGACCUCAUUCGACCCGAGGAUUUCGCUCGAGCGGAAGAAGAGGACAACGUCGCUGGAGAGGCUCUUCGCGGCGAGGGGUCGAAAAAGGAGAAUGCUGUUGGUCAGAAGAGGAGAUGGGAUGGUUUGAUCGACGUAGCCGACAGCUCCAAGGCAAAAGGCAACGAGAAGCGGCGGAGAGCUGACGGAGAAGAUGGAGGACGUGCUGAUGGAGCAGAGUCAGACAGCGAGGCAGAGGAAGACGCGGACAAGGUGGAGGGUCCAUCAAAAGUCAUCAUCGAGUGGGAAACUUUAGAAGUUCAGUGCCGGAUAGCAUUUGUCGACUUCUCGGGCCUACACGACCGUCGCACCAUCCAGCAACUCCUGCCUCUCAUUAAGCCCCGAAAACUCAUCUUCGUAGGCGGAGAAGAAGUCGAAACCACGGAGCUCGCAGACGCCAUCCGAGAAUCACUCAACGCAAACACCGACUCGGCGAACGCCAUCGACGUCUUCACUCCUGCAGUCGGCAUGAUGAUUGACGCCAGCGUAGACACAAACGCCUGGACUGUCAAGCUUAGCCGCAACAUGGUGCGCAACCUUCGCUGGCAGAAUGUGCGCGGCAUGGGCGUUGUGGCCAUCACUGGCCGACUCGCAGCUGCGACUCUUAACUCUUCACCCGAAGUCGAACUCGAAGAAGCCCCGGCAAAGAAAAAGGCACGCCUCGACGCCCCCGCCGUCCCCGUCUCCUCUCUCGACAAGUCAGAUACCACACCCAUCCUCGAUGUUGUGCCAGCGAAUAUGGCUACGGCGGUGCGCUCCGUUGCCCAACCUUUCCAUGUCGGUGACUUGAGGCUUGCUGAUCUUAGAAAACUCAUGAACAACAUGGCUGGUAUGCAAGCAGAGUUUAGGGGUGAGGGUGUGCUGGUCGUCAAUGGGACGGUAGCAGUGCGGAAGACGGCUACAGGGCAGAUUGAGGUGGAUGGCGGUGCGUAUGGAAAUGUAGAUUCAAGAAAUAGUGAUGCGGCGACAUUUUACAAGGUUAAGAGGCAAAUCUAUGAAGGGUUGGCGGUGGUGGCUGAAGGAUAAGUGGGCGACAUGGGCUGUAUGGCAUUUCAAGGGGAGUUUGGUGCGAGUGGUUUCCUUUUUCAUAUAAGUGGUUGUCUCCUACGAGAGGCAGUAGCUCAGGGCAUCUUUAACCUCGACAAAGUAUAUCGUGCUAUCUAAUAACUGUACAACAAUAACAACAACAUGGGACACU